AUGGAAGUCAAUAAAUCUAUGAGUCUGAAGGUGUUUAUAAAAAUUCAUGAGAGCGGGCUUGCCUUGGUGUUCUCUAAUACUAUUGCUCUUAGUUUCUUACAUGUCUUUGAAGUGAUUAGAGCUAUUUAUGUGGGUAGUUGUCUACUGGGCUUUCGUGGGAGGACUAUUACCUAUCUAUGGGAUUAUGUAAUUGUACAAUAUGGUGAGAAGGUACUAAAGGACAUGGACAGAAUGGAAGCAUUUCAUAAAGCCUUGACUUCAUGGGGUAAUUGGGUUGAUUCAGAUGUUGAUACAGCUAAACUAAAAUACGUUGAGGACUGGGAUCAUCCAGUAGUGAGAAACUGUGCGUUGGAUAAGCACCCGGUAAGCAGAUCAACGCACCGGGGAGGGCCUCUGCCUGUGUCAAAGGUGAUUAAGGAGGUGUUAAGUGGGAUUAAGAAACCAGUACAUUUGCUUGACAUGACAAUCUGCCGCAGCAUGGUAAAGAUGCACUUCCAAGUUCCUACAAUGGCUUCCAUGGCAUGGACUAGCAGACUGCACACUUUGGUGUCUUGCAGGAAUUCCAGACACUUGGAAUGA